AAUCACGGUUAGUUAAUUGAACUGAAAUGUGUGCUUAAAAAUACAAUUAAAUCAAUAAAUAAGCUGCAAUCAAUAGUUGUAAAAAUGCGCCCUCUAGCGUUAGUUUUGCAUCUUGCAUGCCGGUUGUUUCCGGUAUGAUGGCGACCUGCUUUCUUGAAUUCACUUCUCUCUGAUAAAAAAGAGGUUGAACCGGAAAGCACGCGGUUAUGGUGAAGAACCGCAUCAAACGGCAAGCGGCGCUUUCAAUCCAGCAUGCAGUGAGAUGAUCCUCAUGGCCGCGUCCAAAAUGGCUCUCUAGUGUACUAUGUAGUGCAGGACUGGGGUUCACUUUAUAGCACACAGAUCAGGUUAUUAGAAUGGGAAGCAAUCAAGUCAAUGAGCAGCAGAAGAUUUUCAGUGGUGUAGGAUCUCAGGAGACUUCAGUGGGAAAAAGGUUUCAUUGUGUGUCUCAAUUUAACACCUGCUGCCAUUUAGUUUCCAUUCUCCAAAUUCCCAUCAUUUAUUUUGCCCAGGUGUGCACGUGACAAUAAAAAUAUAUGGAUCUCGUUUCAUUGUGCAUUUUGAGAUCCCCUUUUCUUCUAGCCGUGUUUGGAAAGAGUGGUCAUUCCUCUGUUCUUUUCACCAGUAAGAUGUUUGAACCUAAACCUAAAGAAUCCCAGAAGACCAAGAGAGUGUCUGAAAGAGUGUAUGGAUUCAAACCACCCCAUCUGAGACUCUUUCCACCAUUCUGAUGUUUGACAUGAAGAUUAACGUGCAGAACUCCAUGGAUGGAGUGUCCGAAAGUGCAGCAAAUUACGAUCCACACACACACACACACACACACACACACACACAUGGGAGAUCUUGAACAUCUGGUUAGAGUGCUAAUUUUAUUUUUUACCGAAAUUUCUUGAGUCACGGCCUUGAAGAUCUAAACAAUGGUAGGAAAAAGGUCACAAACGCUUCCUGUGUUGUGAGCUGAGCGAGUUUAGAUCCGUUCUAGAUCCCAGGUUCCCACGCUGCAGACAACAUUAGACUCAGACACUGUGUGUGGACGCUGUAGUCUCUCAAAACACACCUCUUCUCUCUCACUGUCUCUCUCUCCCCUUUUCUUUCAGGUGGGAUUAAGAGUUGGUGCAGAAGGCCAGAGCUUUGUGCAUGUUCUUGUGUGUGUGUGUGAGAGAUACUAUGCCGUUAUUGCUGCUCUUAACACUCUGCACUUGCUCUGGUGCCAUUGGUGAUCCUCAGCCAUUGCUUAACUACAGCUCUCUGAGCCUGCUGGAUCUUCAUGUCCCCUACUUCCUGCACAGCAACACACACGUGGCAAGAGUUUGCCAAGAAGAUCCACUCUGCCCGUUUAAAGAUGCUCUACUGCAACAGCAGUUGUGCUGGGGUUACGAGAAGGACUGUUCGCCCGCGUACAGGUUCAGCUUCCCUACCUGCACCAGCGUGGACUCGGCGUGGGCUCGCUCAGUGCAGUCGGCUCAGGAAACUUUCUGGAAGCAAGCGGACUUCGGCUAUGUUAAAGAACGUCUGAGUGAGAUGAAGACUCUCUGCGAGCCUUUAAAUCCCGGUGAAUCCUCUCUGAAGUGCACAAGCCACCUGCGCUACUGCCGAGCCACCAACCUCUAUCUGGACCUCCGGAAGCCCCGCAGAGGUCAUGAGAGGUUUAAUGAAGAUUUCCUACAGAAAGGAGAAGUUGGGGGUCACUGCAGACUGAACAGCAGGGCAUUGAAGGCAGAAGGGCAGCACAAGAGCCCCCUGCAGUCCUGGUUUGCCGAGCUGCAGACGUACACGGAGCUCGACUUUCACCCCAUAGAUGACGGGCACUGUGACGUCAUGAUCGAGAGGCCCACAGUGUUCAUGAAGCUGGAUGCAGGUGUGAACAUGUACCAUCACUUCUGCGAUUUUGUCAACCUGUACAUCUCUCAGCACCUCAACAACUCCUUCAGCAGAGACAUCGCCAUCGUCAUGUGGGACACGAGUUUUUAUGGCUAUGGAGACCUGUUCAGCGAAACGUGGCGAGCUUUUACUGAUUACGACGUCAUACACCUGAAAACCUACGACACGAAAAGGGUGUGUUUCAGGGAUGCGUUCUUCUCGCUAUUACCACGGAUGAGGUACGGCCUGUUCUACAACACACCCCUGAUUGCAAACUGUCACAGUGAGGGGAUGUUCAGAGCAUUUUCUCAGCAUGUCCUCCACCGACUCAGCAUCCCACAGGAGGGACCCAGGGACGACCAAAUCCGGGUCACGCUGCUGGCUCGGAGCACAGAGUAUCGUAGGAUAUUAAACCAGAAGGAGCUCAUAAACGCCCUGAAGACUGUGGCUUUAUUUGAGGUCAAGCUGGUGGAUUACAAGUACAAAGAUAUGCCAUUUCUGGAGCAGAUCAGGGUGACCCAUAACUCGGACAUCUUUAUAGGGAUGCAUGGAGCUGGUCUGACACACCUGCUCUUCCUCCCAGACUGGGCCGUUAUACUCGAGCUCUAUAACUGCCAGGACGAAGGCUGCUACCGCGAUCUGGCUCGUCUCCGGGGUGUUCACUACCUCACCUGGCAGAGAGCAGACAAAGUGUUCGCUCAGGAUAAGGGACACCAUCCUACACUCGGAGAUCACCCGAAAUUUACCAACUACACCUUUGACCCAAAUGAGUUCAUGCGCUUGGUGAUGCUGGCUGCAGACCACGUGCAGAGACACCGAGCAUGGCGUUCCAUACAGGAGACGAGAUGAGCUGUAGCGUGCACACACACACACACACACACUCACAGACACUAGACUCAAACGCUUAGAACUUUACACCGUUAAAAGGGCUGUACUACACAGUGCUGAUCCAGGAUCAGCUCAUAACCUUCACCUAAUGAAGAAGUAUUUAUUCAUUUUGCAUUUUAGAGCGAUUUGAUGAAUUCAGUGGUUGUGAGGUUUAAAGACAGGGUUUUAAAGACAGGAUUGGAAAAGGUCGAGAUGGUCGAGAAUUUCUCUUCAUCUUCUCAAUAGGACCGAUGCAGCAAUCCUCACAAAUUAACGCUUGAAAUGACUGAAAUAUCCUCCAACCGAACUCAUUUUCAGAUGUUACAUUAUAGACAUAUUUUACACUGCAUGGCCAAAAGUAUUCUGACGCCUGGGACACCUGAAGGCACACAAUUGUAUAACGUGCACAAAGCCAGCUUCAUGAAGAUAUGCUAAAAUUGGGUUCUAGUAGAAGAUCUUGACCUGCUGUAGAGCUCUGGCUUCAACCCUACUGAACCUCUUUUGGAAUGAAGCACAAAUCUUUACAAGCACACUCCAAAAUCUAGUGGAAAAUCUUUCUUAAAAAAAGUGGAACUCAUUAUAACAGCAAAUGUGGACUUAAUGAGGAAUGGGAUGCACAAAAAAAACAUAGCAAUCUUGUGUUUAGGUGUCCACAAACUUUUGUCCAUAUAGUGUACUAUUUCUGUAUAGUACGUGACAAUCUUGUAAAAUAUUACUACCACAUUAUGAAGCUUGAAAAGCGAUAAAACUUAGAAAUUAAAUAAAAAAUAAGUAGUAUAUUAUUUAGGUCAGUUUAAAAGAGAAACCAGAAAAAUCAGUGUUACAAAAAUGCUCAACAUAAUUAUAAUAUUAUCCUAUAUGGAGGAUUUUAGCUCCUCUGCAUUCACGCAGCAGCUUCCUAUUUGCUGCGUGUUUUAUUGGUUUGUUUGUUUUUGUGCUGGAUGAGUGUUUUAAGAUCCGGUAUUGUUUUUGAGAAAUUACAUUAGACAGAUGUGCGCAGUUUUUAAAUCUCCAACCCAGAAAUAUUUGAACUGUGUAGCAUUAAAAAAAACCUGCUGUAUUGUAAUCCACGAUAGAGAUUUAUAUCAGGAUUUGGUAAAGGAAAGAUCGGCAUGUGCUUAGUGCAAUUUCGUAGAAAGUGUGUGUGUUUAUUGUGUAUUUACAGUAUUGUGUGCUGAUUGUGCUUUACACACGCAUCAAGCUGGGUUGUUUUUGUUUUUGCAUAUUUGUUAGCAUUUUAAUAGAUUUGCUGACCUAGUAUUUAUUUUACAUUAGCUCCAGUGUAGGUCACGUGUGUAGAUGUGCUCAGGUACAUGCUUUACAAGUUUCGUGCUUCGUUUACAAAGACUUUGGCUGCAAUUUUGUCCUAUUUCUCACUUUGAAUUUGUAAUUUUUUCUAGGGACUUUUAAUGUUCCCUUUAAAAUUGACUGAAAAUAGGACAAUACUUUAAUUAUAGAUUCAAAGCAGCUUAUAUUUGUUUUUAUCACCAUCUUAUUCUGUUCUCAAAUACUCCAGGUUUUCUUUUUUAAUCACCGUCCACACAUAAUACAGAUAAUCUAGAGUUUAUUGGUUCUGACUGAAGAAGGCUUGACUGAAAAAAAAAAAAUCAUGGGACGUGCUGAAUAAAAGUGUUGCCUUUAUAUAAAGUGAA